UUGUGUUCUCCUCCUGGCUCAGCUCAGUGUUUCCGGUCUCUAUGCUGGCAGUUCGGUGGCUGGACUCAGACUCAGCUCUUUCUCUGCGGUCUUCACUGUGCUGUCGGGGUUGUUGGGGAUGGUUGCUCACAUGAUGUACACGCAGGUGUUUCAGGUCACGGCUUCUCUGGGUCCUGAAGACUGGAAGCCGCACAGCUGGGAUUUCUCCUGGGCUUUCUACCUCGCUUGGGCCUCGUUCACCUGCUGCAUGGCGUCGGGGAUCAGCACACUGAACGAUUACACCAAAACCGUCAUCAUGAAAAGAGGCGGGGCCAAACCGGAGGAGGGGGAGGAGCCAGGGGGGAGGAUAACAGACUUUUACCAGCCAGCCCCUCCCCCCUCCCUCCCCUGCCUCUCCACCCUCAGCCCUUAUUACCAGCCCCCCCGAUCCCCUCUCCUCUCCCCCUCUCCCCCUCCCCCUCCCCCUCCCCCCGAACUCUACAGCGAGCUCAGAGAGGCGGUCCUCCAGCGGGAGACCUCCCAGGAGCAGGAGGGUAUCCCACAAUCCUCUGGGGACGACGAGGAGGCGGAGAAGGAGGAGGAAGGGGAGCUGUUGUGAGGCGGUAGGAAACUGCGACCCCGGGGGCGGCCAUUUUGGCUCCCGGCUCUGUAGCGCGUAAUAGGAUUUGAGCUCCGUGUUUGAGCCGCAAUGGCGCAGUUUCAUAGCACAUUAAUAUUGAAAAGUACCGAAUAGAAAUUAAAAUGAUAUAUUUAAAAAUAUAUAUAUAUGUGUCUGUAAUUGUUGGACUUUGUGGUUAGGAAAUAAACCUUGUUUGCUCUUGA